CUAAACCACUGCAUCAUGGAUGACAUCCAAAAUGGCCAUAGAUUUUCAAUGAAUCCAUUAACACCAGCAUUGUAGAGGUCAACAGAGCUUCUGCAGUGCUGCAGAAAUGUAGAUAUUAUCCUCUAGAUAGCCCAGCAUAUUUGAAGCAGAGGUGAUACAGGAAAUGCCAGGGGGAUACAAAGUGGCAGCUCCAAUGUCUUGUGCUUUAGCGUCAUAGUGAAUAUAACCGACUGGCUUCUCAAUGAGGUACAGAGGUAAACAGCUCCUACCAUGGUGCCAUGGAACAUCAUGUCUCUACCGUUUCCACAUCACUGGCACGGUUAGAGGGACAGUGUCUUUCAGCAGGGCCUACAGCACACAACAACAACCGCCGCCGCCAUCUUCAAAAGAUGACGGAGCAGACAAACCUGUUGUUCCUAUUCAAGAGCGUGCUGUGGCUACAAUACAGAAUCUGACCGACUUGGGGAAGCAGUGGGGACAGAAGUCAGUGAGCACGGCCUCAAACACAGUUAACUACUGGUGGGAGAGGUACGAGGAGUUUGUUGGCCUGAAUGAAGUCCGAGAUGCUCAGUCUCAAGUCACAGAGGCAGAGAGGGCCUUCAUGGUGGCCAGAGGCAUGGUGCGCGAAGCCCAUUGCAGUUUGGAGGCCCUACAGGUCAAGCUGAAGGAGGUGAGGGACCGACUGGAUCGGGUCUCACGAGAGGAGGCCCACUACCUUGAGCUGGCCACACUGGAGCACAAGCUGCUGCAGGAGGAGCGUCGCCUGCGGACAGCCUACGAGAAUGCAGAGGGUGCAGAACGAGAGAAGUUUGCCUUAUUCUCAGCUGGUGUGCGUGAGAGCCACGAAAAAGAGCGGACUCGGGCGGAGCGCACAAAGAACUGGUCUGUGAUAGGCUCAGUGCUCGGAGCUUUGAUAGGGGUCAUGGGGUCAACCUAUAUCAACAGAGUACGCCUACAGGAGCUGAAGACCUUACUACUGGAGGCUCAGAAAGGACCUGUUAGUCUACAGGAGGCUAUAAAAGUUCAGGCCGGUAUGCAUAAGUCUCAACAACAGGAGCUGAGAGGCCUUAUAGACACUCUGAGGGUUACUCUUCAGCAUAGAGCAGCUCAGGUGAUAGCUGAGAAGGAUGUGAAGAAGCCAGUGGCUGUUCAGGUUCCGGAACCCAUUGUGGUUCCACCCCAGCCUUCUCCGAGUGCCUCCGAGGCAGUUCUGAAAGAGAUAUUGUUCUAUAGUCAGAAAGCACAGAGUCUUAUAGAAGGCAUCCAGCCACAGCUAGGUCAGCUUGAACAGAGUGUUGGGAAGGUGGAAUCAGAACUUCUGGCUGUUCAAAACUUGAUUGAGACUUAUCAUAGGGAAGAAAAGCCGUCAGUAGUUAUAAGUCAGCAAGAUUCCCAGAUGUUUGUUUGCGACACUAAGAGCGUCAUGCAAGGUCUUGACCAGACGGAGAAAAGACUUGAGGCCUCAAUAAGCCAGACUACCAUGUACAACACUGUUCUGGCUUACGGUGCGCUUGCUGUCACUGUUCCUGCGCUGUAUAUCCUCUUUAGAGGUGUUUGACUAAUGUUAUGUACUGUAAGAGUGAUAUUAAUCUUACAGGGUCCAUCUUGAUUUACAAUGAAAUAAUUACAUAUUAAUAUUGUGAUUGCUGUUUAUGUUUUUACUACAGGCAAAAUGAACCAUGCACUGAUGUUAAAUCAAUACUGUAUAUAUUGAGUGUGAAGCUAAAAUAAUUUGGUUGCAUUAUCUAGAUAAAAAGCAAAUGUAAUACAUUAUGAAAUAUUUGAAUUAGAGUACUGUCUAUUAAAAUGUAUUACAUUGUCAAA